AUGCUUGCGCCAGCCGUUCCCUUGCCCCGCGAGACGACUGGAAUCAGUAGCGGUGGCGGCGCUUUCCAAAGUCGCACAGGAUUUGGGGGUUUGGGUCCACCUCGAGACGCUGCUCGCGCUGGGCUAGACCUCCCGGGUGCCGGUCGCAGCACCACGUACAACAACGCACAGCAGGAGCAGCAGCAGCAGCAGCAGCAGCAACCUUCCUGGCGCAUCAUCAAUCGACUGUUAGGUCAAGCGGGGUUCCAAGCUUUGCCUUUAAGCGGAGGUCUGCAGGACGCGCCAUCAGAUGCUGCCGUGCGUGCUGCUUUCGCUCAAGUGCUUGCUGAGUACGAGCGGCGAGGAAUGCUGCUUCAGAGUCUGCUCAGCGAGUCGCCGCCUGCAGACAGCCGAACUCGAGUUGCUGAGGCUGCACUAAUGGAAAUGGAGCAAGCCCUUCUGAAAAGCAAUCGACAGGUUGCCUGGCUCAAGUCUAAACUGCUCAAAUAUCGUGCAUAUAUCGAACGUAAGCGAAGAGAACGCCGAGAACAACAACAACAACAACAAGAGCAGCAGCAGCAGCAGCAGCAGCGGCAGCGAGAACAGCCCGAACGGCAGUCGCAACAGGAGCAGCGAGUCGGUGGAUCAUUACAGCCGCAAGCUCGGGCGCCCCAACGAGAAGGCACUAUUGAUUCGCAGAUUGACUGGCACCAGGAGCUCCGACAACUCGUCACCGACUUGCAAAUCAUGCUUCAAGUACCUGAUUACCGUUUACUCCCGGAACGCAUACGCCAAUUGCAGCGAGAAGCAGAGAACGCCAUUUGGCUUGCGGAGUUUGCCGAUUGUGUGCGCAGCAUUGUUGAGGAGGUGCUCGGACCUGAAUCGCACCUUUCAGAGGAACAAGUGCUCGAUGAGCUCGAAAAGUGGGCAGUAGAACGCGUUAGUGCUGCUUCGGAACCAGCUUGA